AUGAGUGACCUUGUCUCCCUCGGCGCAUAUAAUCUGUAUGCUAAGCGCGCCAGCUUUAAGGAUGAUGGCGUUCUGCAGCAGUUCGUUGCCGAAAUGGCCGGCCAACCGGUGAUUGCACCUCCGGUUCUUGAAGAGCGAGUUCCCAUUGUUACCGGUGAUGAGGAUGAGACCGAAUUAUCAACGGAGGAGAUAGAGAAAAGAAAGGACUUUGAGCGCCGACGUAAGGAAUUAACCAACACAAGUGGUCUGGAUAUCAAGGCGGUACUCGGUCAUAGACUUUCCCUCGCUCCAGAAGAGGAAGACGACGACGAAGAGGACGAAACGGUACAGAGUCAGUCGGCUUCGUUUAAAGACGCCAGUCCAACUGCGAGUACACAAGCCGAUCAGCAGACCACUGUAUCUCCUGCCGGUGAGGCCGUCUUCAGUGAUACUACUUAUGCAGAACCCUCUCGAGUUACUGGGGAGGAGACUGUGAGCGCUAGUUUUAAGGUGCCUACAAAAAUUCGAGUGACCGCGCCAUCCCAGGAAGAAGCGGCAGCGCCGUAA